CUAAGCCUCAUGUUUUGAUGUUAACAAACAAUAUAAGAGCUUGACGUUUGUUUAAGUGUUUCAGGUACAACAAGAAUCCAUUAAGAUUCGGUACUCAAAAAUGAAGUUAAAACACCAUACUAGCGUAGAAUAUAGGUAGAAACCAAUAAAUUUCAUUUGGUAUCAGAGCCUGCAUAGCUUAAUUUACUAGCUAUCGAUCAUAUCAUGGGAGACAUGGAAGAAGGAGCAAAUGUUCAGAGACCACCUUUACUGCGUGGACACAACUACAAUUUCUGGAAUGGCAGGAUGAGGGCUUUUCUCAAAUCUCUUGGAGGUGGGGUCUGGAGAAGCGUGGAAACUGGGUGGACUGAACCACGCAAAUAUUCUGAUGAUCUGACUACAUCAAGAAUCAAACCAUUCGAAGAAUAUAGCAGAACUGAGGUAACUGCUGCUGAGUUUAAUGAUAAAGCCCUAAAUGCAAUUUUUGGGGCAGUGGAUUGUACUCAGUACAAGCUCAUCUCAAACUGCGACAAUGCCAAGGAAGCUUGGGAUAUUGUUGAAGUCACACAUGUAGGAGAUGAGGAAGUGAAGACAGCAAAAUAUCAGAUCCUGAUGACUCAAUAUGAAAAUCUGCGCAUGGACGAGAAGGAAAAAAUCACUGAAUUUCAUGGGAGAGUUAGAGAUAUUGCAAGAAGCAGUGGAUUCAAAAGAGAUCAAAUCCAAGACAUGAAGGCACCUCUAAGGGACUUCCAUCAAAAGAUGCUAACAGAUGAAGACGAAGAACAUCUCCCACAACCCAAUCUAGAAGGAUCAAACAUGGAGCAACCAGAUUCAAGAUCUGUAGACGCUGAAGUCAAAAAUGUAACAGAAGACGAUGCGAUUCUACAUCCUAUAGCCACAAUCCCAGAAACCCUCUACUUAGAGUACACAGUCACUAAUCAAGAAGAAAACAUGCAAAGCAAAAAGAAGGAAGAUCUGUGGUCAGAGAAGGAAAAACCAGAAAUUGUGGAUAAAGAACCUUUAAUAGCAUGCUCAGAUGUGCCAUUUGAAGGAGUGCAAUUCACAACUCUAGCAUCCAAGAUACCAAUGGCGAAACGCACUGGAUCUAGAUGGUCGCUGCGUCAAAAGGCGAAAGAAGAUCAAGAAUCAGAAGGGUUUGAAGAAAUUCAACCAAGAGAAGUUCCAAAGAAGGGGUUAAAGCGAAAGGAGAAAGCAGGAGAUGAUCAAGAGGAGAGUUUAAAGAAGCAGAAAACAUCAUCUCCCCCAGCAAAACUCACAACCAGAAGUCAGAGCAACCGAAGGAAAGAUGCAAAACCCGAAAAGUCACCCAAACCAGGGAAGUUUUCUAAACAUCUUUUCGUGAAUUCAAUUGCUAGCUCAUUCAUGUCUGAAAUUGCCAAGAAAACCAUUCUGCCACAAAGAAGUAUUGAUGUUGGGGAUUUUGAAUCGAAGACAAACUUAAUCUCUGUGCUGAAAAAAUGUAAUUUUCUUAAGUCAAUCACUCUGCCCGGUUCUUAUAAACUUGUAGUUGCAGAUGAAGAAGAACCUGCUCCUCCUCUCCUCCAGGUUGAUUUAAGGCACUUUGAAGGAAAACACUACAAUGACAUGGCAACAAGGGAGGAACAGGAGACAGCUCCAGCAGUUCUUCAGUCAGACUUCUCCAAAACAGCUUUCAUCAAAGGAGAAAUUCAGCUGCUGCAAGCGAAAAUUGAAGAAUACAAGAAGCUGAUCAAAGAAGCUGAAAUCAAAAAGAAAAAAUGGGCCAUUGUCCUGUCAUCUCUGGACAUCACUUCAGAUGAAGCUGCUAAAUCACAGGGGGAGAGGACUAAGCAAGAUGGACCAGAUGAUGCUGCAACACAGGGGGAGCAAAGUGAAGAUGAUGAAGCCACUGAGGAAGGAAAGGAAAGCUCAGAUGCAGAGGAUGAUAACCUAGCAAAUGAGGAGUCAGAUUUUGAAGCUGAACUUCACAAGGUUAUUCAUACUAAUAAUUAUGAGCCCGGGCCCUACCACUGCAACUUCUCGGCCCGAACCGAUGAUGAACGAGUCAUCCAUCGGUUCGGAUCGGGCCACGAGCGAAAGAAGCCUCCUGGCAAAUGAGCUUGCUCUCAAACCUCAGAUGGGAUGGAGCACUUGGAACCAUUUCCAUUGCGACAUUAACGAAACCCUCGUUCGUGAAACUGGUAAGGAU